AUGGACAUGGAGAAGAAUGCCAUGGAUGGUGCUCCUGACUGUAAGACUCUUCACACCUCCGUAUCUUCUUGUGUUAAUGAUAAUAACAACAAGUUAUACAAAGGGGUGAGGAAGAGAAAGUGGGGGAAAUGGGUUUCUGAAAUCAGACUUCCCAAUAGCCGUGAACGCAUAUGGCUAGGGUCUUAUGACUCUCCUGAAAAGGCAGCACGAGCCUUCGAUGCUGCCCUUUACUGUCUACGUGGUCGCCAUGCCAAUUUCAACUUCUCCGACACUCCUUGCAACAUGGACACCAAUGUGGCUGUGGCUGUGGCUGUGGCUGCUCACCAAUCUCUUACCGCACCGGAGAUUCAAGAGGUUGCUGCCAAGUUUGCAAACGAGGACCCACUACUACUAAAACCUCUUAAUCAAGAAUCUCAACGUGGUGGUGGCGAUGGUGCUGGUGGGAAUUCUUCGGACAACAUAGCAGAGAGUAGUUCUGGUACUUGUACCCCCACCCCCACUGCCUCCUCAUGUUCUACUACUAUGCAUGAAUGUGAUGGAUCGGUGCAAGUGGACCACGGGGAUAUGGAUUGGACAUUCUUGCACGAGUUUGAUUACUCCAAUGAAGUUUUUCCUGUUGGAUCCGACUAUGAUCUCUAUUCUGACCUACACAACGUGCACUCAACUUCAGGUGAGUUGUUGUACUCCACUCCACCCCCACCUCCUUUUCAGGGUUCCCAAGACUUGAUUGAAGCCGAUGAGGAUCCUUUUUCUCACCCAUCGUUCCUUUGGAAUUGGAACUUCUGA